AUUCUGUUACACUACCACAGUGGGAAGUCAGAAGGUCACAGAGCUAGCAGGGUAACUGACUAGAAAUUGCUUGGCCCCCUUUAAAAAGAGAUAAUACGAUGGGAGAGAAUGAAGCAACUUUACCUAACCCGUCUUUGCAAGGUAAAAAGAUGGCCUAUCACAAGGUCAGUGCAGACCAAAGAGCUCCAGGACACUCACAGUUCUUGGACAAUGAUGACCUGCAGGGUACUGCCCUGGACUUGGAGUGGGACAUGGAGAAGGAACUGGAAGAGCCUGGUUUUGAGCAGUUCCAGAUGGACAGCACUGAGGAUCAGAACCUGGGGCACUCAGAGUCGGCAGACCUCAAUCUUGAUUCCAUUCAACCAGCAAUUUCACCCAAAGGAAGGUUCCAGCGACUUCAAGAAGAAUCUGACUAUAUCGCUCAUUAUGCAAGACCUGCACCAAAGAGCAGCCGCCGCAACUUUUGCCACCUCUUGAAAAUACUUUGCACAGCCACUAUUUUAUUUAUUUUGGGGAUUUUGAUAGGUUAUUAUGCACAUAAAAAUUGCCCUUCAUCUGCAACAUCUUCAGGAACAGUUAAUCUUCAGUUAUAUCAAGAAAUUCUCAAGACAAUCCGAGCAGAAGACAUUAAGAAGUCUUUCAGGUAG